UAAAUUUUGGACAUGUGAAUCAUGCAUGAUAAAUAAAAUUAUUAUUUGCUCCAAAGAAAAAAAAAUAGCAUCAAAUUAUAAGUAUAAAAAGAAGCCUUUGGUUGGGAAUAGAAUAGAAGAAAGAAAAAGUAAUUUAAUAGUGCAUAAUUUGAAGAAAAAGAAAAAUGGAGUUGGAUUUGAAGCCAAUGGAUCCAACAAACUUCUUUACAGGAGAAGGUGGAUCCUUCCAUAAAUGGUUCCCUUCCGAUCAUCCCAUCAUUCCUCAGACUAAAGUCGGCGCCGGCAGACUCCUUCUCCAUCCACGUGGCUUCGCCGUUCCUCAUAACUCCGAUUCCUCCAAAGUUGGCUACGUUCUUCAAGGUAGCGGAGUAGCCGGAAUUGUAUUUCCAUGCAAAUCUGAGGAAGCAGUGGUGAGACUAAAAAAAGGAGACGUUAUUCCAGUGCCGGAGGGAGUCACCUCUUGGUGGUUUAAUGAUGGAGACUCCGAUUUCGAAGUCCUUCUCGUUGGUGACACCCGAAACGCCCUCAUUCCCGGUGACAUCACCUACGUUGUCUUCGCUGGACCCCUCGGAGUCCUACAAGGCUUCUCGUCGGAUUACAUCGAAAAAGUCUACGAUCUAACCGAAGAAGAAAGAGAGGUACUUCUAAAAAGCCAACCCAACGGCCUAAUAUUCAAGCUCAAAGAUGACCAAACCUUACCAGAGCCCGACUGCCACAGCGAUCUCGUUUUCAACAUAUACGACGCCGCUCCCGAUUCCGUAGUCAAGGGUGGUGGGACGGUGACGGUCCUAACUGAAGAGAAGUUUCCAUUCAUUGGGAAAUCUGGGUUGACGGCAGUUCUUGAGAAGCUUGAGGCCAAUGCCGUGCGGUCGCCAGUGUAUGUUGCCGACCCUUCGGUGCAGCUGAUAUAUGUAGCGAGCGGGUCGGGUCGGAUUCAGAUUGCUGAGACGUUUAUGCGUAAGCAAAUUGAUGCGGAAGUGAAAGCGGGGCAGUUGAUUUUGGUUCCGAAGUACUUCGCCGUCGGGAAGAUGGCCGGAGAAGAAGGAUUGGAGUGCUUCACUAUUAUCACUACCACACACCCUCUAUUGGAAGAGUUGGGAGGAAAGUCAUCAAUUUUUGGGGCAUUUUCACCACAAGUUUUUCAAGCUUCAUUCAAUGUCACAGCUCAUUUUGAGAAGCUUCUCAUAUCAAAGAUAACAAAAUCUUCACCCUUGGUUCCUCCUUCAGAUAAUUGAACUAAUUAUGCUUAAUUAAUUCUCCUAAUGAGCGAAUCUACGAAGGGACGGCGGAGAAGUUUCUAAUCGUAUUGUUUUCACGUACCGUUUUGGAGUUUAAUUAGUAAUUUGGGUUCUACAAAAUCAUGUUAUUGUUUUUGUGUGUGCUAUUGAAUCCCAUAUGUCAAACCUAUCGACUUUUCUUCAAUAAAAGCACGUGGCCUUCUUAUUUUCAAA